AUGAAUGAUACAGAGGGUCUUGGACUGGAGCAACAGACUCCUACCAAGUCUCCCUUUGCAAAUGCCCGCACCGAUGGCCGAGCCUUUAACUCUGCCAACUGGCGCAUGAAGGCUGAAAGCCCGGCAACACCAUCGCGCACCAACGCUAGCCCAAGCGCGAGUCCAAACCCAAACCCCAAUACCUCACGCGCAGCCUUUAGCCGGCCCGGAGCGCACGUCCCCCAAGCAAUAAAAGAUGGCCGCCGCCUAUACGUUGGCAACAUGCCAUAUACGGCUAAGAUGGAGGAUGUCGAGGCGCUGUUCAUAGCGGCCAAGUUCCCUAUCGAGCGCAUAGAUAUUGCCAUUGAUCCUUUCACCGGCCGGAACCCCUCCUAUUGUUUCGUCGACUUACGGAACAAGGAGCAUGCCGAGCGCGCCAUGACCGAGCUCGAUGGCCGCGAUUUGUUGGGUCGCCCGGUCAAGAUUAAGCCUGGUGUGGCCAAGUCUCAGGAACGCAUUCAGAAUUCGCCUGAGCCGUUGCGCAUUGAUCGCUGGCGUCAGCAAGAGAGACCUAGCUUUGCUAAGAUCAACGGUGACUCUAGCAAUCGCGUGUAUGUCGGUGGACUGCCACGAUUGACCGACCAUGGGGCUGUGCAGAGCAACAUGGAGAAUUUCUUCACGGGAUUUAAGGUUGAAAGCGUUAGCAAGGUCUUUGCCCCUCACCCCGCUAAACGGUUUGAUCCCGGUGAGCACUACUAUCUGUUCGUCGAUGUGGGUACUCCCGAGCAAGCCCGGAAAGCCAUGGAUACCUUGAAUGGCCGAGAAGGACCCUGGGGUGGUCAGCUUCGUGUACAGUUUGCUCGUGGUUCCAAGGACAUCUGA